GAAGGUGAAGAACUUCUCCAGGCCAAACCUGAAUUAAGCGGCGCCGUUCGGCGCCAACUGGAAGAGCUUCGACAAUGUUGGGUGGAGUUGGAGACCACCAGCCAAGCCCGGAGCCGGCGAUUGGCCGAAGCCGCCGCCGCCGAACGCUUGGCGAGGAGCUACGCGGACAUGGAGGCCCGGUUGGGGAGGUUGGAGGAGCAGCUGGAGACGGUGGGGGCAGGACCCGACCUCCACAGCGUUAGCAGGCAGCUCAAGAGGUUGCAGACCAUGGAGUCGCAGGUGGAGGAGUGGUACAAGGAGGUGGGGGAGCUGCAGGUGCAGGCGGCGGCGCUGCCCCCCCAGGCCGGGGGGCGGCAGGAGGUGGGACAGCGGCAGAACGCGGUGGGGACACGCAUCGUCCGCCUCAUCGAACCCCUCAAGGAGAGGAGGAGAAUCCUCCUGGCCUCCAAGGAGGUCCAUCAGGUCAGCCACGAGCUGGAAGACGAGGUGCUGUGGGUCCAGGACCGCUUGCCCUUGGCCACCCUGAAGGACCACGGGACCAACCUUCAGACGGUCCAGCAGUACAUCAAGAAGAACCAGAACCUCCGGCGGGAGAUCCAGGUCCACAAACCUCGCGUGGACGAGGUCCUGGAACGCGCCGCCGCCGUGGCCUCCAUCAAGAGCCCCGAGGCCGAAGGCGUCCGACGUCUUCUGGAGAGGUUGGGGACCAUGUGGGCGGAGCUGCAGGAGCAGGCGGAGCGGCGGCAGCAGAGCCUGGAUGCCACCUACCAGCUGGAGCAGUACUACUUCGACGUGGCCGAGGUGGAGUCGUGGUUGGGCGAGCAAGAGCUUCUCCUGAUGAGCGAGGAGAAGGGGAAGGACGAGCAGAGCACCCUCCAGCUCCUCAAGAAGCACCUCCUGACGGAGCAGACGGUGGAGAACUACGAGGAGACCAUCGCCCAACUCUCCCGCCAAUGCCGGGCUCUUCUGGAGCUUGGCCACCCUCAAAGCGAACAGGUCAGCAGGCGGCAGUCGCAGGUUGACCGGCUGUACGUGUCUCUGAAGGACCUGGUGGAGGAACGCAAGGCCAAGUUGGAGCAGCAGUAUUGGCUCUACCAGCUCAACCGGGAGGUGGACGAGCUGGAGCACUGGAUCGCCGAGAAGGAGGUGGUGGCCGGCUCGCCCGAGCUGGGACAGGACUUCGAGCACGUCACGUUGCUCCAGGAGAAGUUCCUGGAGUUCGCCAGCGAGACGGGCAGCGUGGGGCAGGAGCGCAUCGCCGCCGUCAACCAGAUGGUGGACGAGCUGAUCGACUACGGCCACGCCGACGCCGCCACCAUCGCCGAGUGGAAGGACGGGGUCAACGAAGCUUGGGCCGAUCUCCUGGAGCUGAUGGAGACCCGGGCGCAGAUGUUGGCGGCCUCACACGAACUGCACAAGUUCUUCAACGACUGCAAAGAGGUUUUGGGGCAAAUCGAGGAGAAAAGGCAACGUCUGCCCGAAUUGGCCGCCCGGGAGGGCAGGACGUCGGCCGGCGCCUUGCAACGGGCGUUGGGCGCCUUCGAACACGACGUGGAGGUUUUGGUGACCCAAGUGAGGCAGCUACAAGAAGGUGCAGCCCAGUUGAGGACCCUCUACGCCGGGGACAACGCCGAGGCCAUCGCCGGGAGGGAGCAGGAGGUUCUUCGGGCUUGGAAGGAGCUUCUGGCGGCCUGCGAGGAGUGUCGUCUCCACGUGGCCAGCGUGGCCGACAAGAUCCGCUUCGUCGGCACCGUCAGAGACCUUCUGGCCUGGAUGGAUGGUGUCCUCUGCCAGAUCGGCGCCGGGGAGAAGCCCAGGGACGUCUCCUCGGUGGAGCUGCUGAUGAAUGACCCCCAAGGUCUCAAGAGCGAGAUCGAAGCCCGGGGCAAGAACAUCGCCGCCUGCCUGGAGCUGGGCAAGACCCUCAUCCUCAGCAAGAGCCCGGCGGCCGAUGAGAUCAAAACCCACGUGGAGAAGCUGUUGGCCAAGAAGAAGGAGAUGAUGGAGAAGUGGGACAAGCACUGGGAGUGGCUGCAGCAGAUGCUGGAGGUCCACCAGUUUGCCCAGGAGGCGGUGGUGGCCGACGCGUGGCUGACGGCCCAGGAGCCCCUCCUGAAGAGCCAGGAGCUGGGCAGCAGCGUGGACGAGGUGGAGCAGUUGAUCCGGAGACACGAGGCCUUCAGGAAGGCGGCGGCCGCCUGGGAGGAGAGGUUCAGCUCCCUCAGGAGACUCACCACGCGGCAGGAGUCCAGCGAGCCGGAGCCACCGCGGCAUGAUGGGAAGGGUGGAGGCAAAGCCACCUUGGCCGACAUCGUGGAGCAGCUGCAGGAGAAGGAGGCUGGUGGCCCCUUGCCGGCGACGCCACCGCCCCCCACCCACACGGUGCAGCACGAGGGCUUCCUCUUCCGCAAGCACGAGCUCGACGGACCCAACAAGAAGGCGUCCAACAGAUCCUGGGUGAACCUCUACUGCGUCCUGAGCAAGGGUGACCUGGGCUUCUACAAGGACGCCAAGGGCCAAGCGGCAGGGACCACCCAUGGUGGUGAACCCCUCCUCAACCUCCACCAUUCCACCAGCGAGGUGGCCAGCGACUACAAGAAGAAGAAGAACGUCUUCAAGCUCAAGACCAGCGAUGGGAGCGAGUUCCUCCUCCAAGCCAAGGAUGAGGAGGACAUGCGGGGGUGGCUGAAGGCACUGGCCGCCUGCGCCCAGGAACACGCCGAGGUGGCCCGUUGGAACCAAGGUCUUCUCACCACCUCCUCCACCGACGAGGGCCUCCCCCGGCGGGAGGGGGGCGACCGGCGCCCCAGCACCUCGGGGAGACGGAAGUGACCCCCCCCCAUCCCC